CAAUGUCCCAGGCUGUGCAGACAAAUGGAACUCAGCCAUUAAGCAAGACAUGGGAACUAAGCUUGUACGAAUUACAACGAACUCCUCAGGAGGCAAUAACAGAUGGCUUGGAAAUUGUGGUUUCACCUAGAAGUCUUCACAGCGAAUUAAUGUGCCCAAUUUGUUUGGAUAUGUUGAAAAACACCAUGACUACAAAGGAGUGUUUGCACCGUUUUUGUGCAGAUUGUAUUAUCACAGCCCUAAGAAGUGGUAACAAAGAAUGUCCUACCUGUCGGAAAAAACUAGUUUCCAAAAGAUCACUAAGGCCAGACCCAAACUUUGAUGCACUCAUCAGCAAAAUUUAUCCAAGUCGUGAUGAGUAUGAAGCUCAUCAAGAGAGAGUAUUAGCCAGGAUCAACAAGCACAAUAAUCAGCAGGCACUCAGUCAUAGCAUUGAAGAAGGUCUGAAGAUCCAGGCCAUGAACAGAUUACAGCGAGGCAAGAAACAACAGAUUGAAAAUGGUAGUGGAGCAGAAGAUAAUGGUGACAGUUCACACUGUAGUAAUGCAUCCACACAUAGCAAUCAGGAGGCUGGCCCUAGUAACAAACGGACCAAAACAUCUGAUGAUUCUGGGCUUGAACUUGAUAAUAACAAUGCAACGGUAGCAAUUGAUCCAGUAAUGGAUGGUGCUAGUGAAAUUGAGUUAGUAUUCAGGCCUCAUCCCACACUUAUGGAAAAAGAUGACAGUGCACAGACAAGAUACAUAAAGACUUCAGGUAAUGCCACUGUUGAUCACCUAUCAAAGUAUCUGGCUGUGAGGUUAGCUUUAGAAGAACUGCGAAGCAAAGGAGAAUCGAACCAGAUGAACCUUGAUACAGCCAGUGAGAAGCAGUAUACCAUUUAUAUAGCAACAGCCAGUGGCCAGUUCACUGUAUUAAAUGGCUCUUUUUCAUUGGAAUUGGUCAGUGAGAAAUACUGGAAAGUGAACAAACCCAUGGAACUUUAUUACGCCCCCACCAAGGAGCACAAAUGAGCUUUUAGAAACCAAUUCUGGACUGAGCUUUUUUAUAGCCUAAUUCUUUAAUAUUAAAGAUGUACCAUCAUUACUUUUAUGGACAGACCUUGGAUAUGUUGUUCAGUUUCCUUUCUGAGCCAGACUCGUUUACACUAUUAGAAUUACUUCCCCUUAAUUUAAGAUUUACUUUUUGGAAGGGACUGCAGUUAUUCAAUACUUUUUAUUUCCCUUAAAAAAUAUUUCUAAUUUGUAUGCUUUCAAAAGUAUAGUUCCAUUUGGAGCACUCUUUGACCCAGGAAUUUUUCAUAGUUAUGUAUUCUUAAGAUUCAAUUGGCUAUAAUUUUUCCCUCCCCUCAAAAGUUUUCUAGGCCUAUGGAAUGUUAAAUACAGUAGUAUGUAUUCCACACACACCCCCACCGGAGUCUUGUAUAUUUAUAGUUUUCUAUAUAAACUGUAGUAUCUUCAUGAAGAACAAGGCUCAAAUUUACUAUGCUUAAAAACAAUUCUCAUAGGAUUAUAAUUUUCAUGGUAUUUUCUUCCAUAAUAUCGCAUUUAAAAAGAAGUUCUUUAUGAACUUAGUGUCCAUUGUCAUGCAAUGUUAUUUUUUUUCCAGUUUCUUCCCUGUAAGUUUAGAAUUUCUGGUCAUGGGAAAGAGAAUCAGACAAAAUUUUAAGUUCUAUGAGAACGUGGUUCCUUAACAGAUUUCACUGAAGAAGGAAAAAUUGGUAGUAAUAUGUAGUCCUCAGUUAUAUAUUUAAGAGUUCUUUUUUUGUAUUCUACUGUCUUCGUUUCCUCUAUCUUAUGUGUUUAAUGUUCUUUUCCUAUUAAAAUAUCAGAGAUACGGAGAUAUUUUGCACUUUAGCCUUGAUGAAAAGUACAAGAUAUGUUCAAAGCCUCCUAAUUCAUUUCUUAUUGGUAGUAGUCAUGUAAGUUUCCAGAAUUAAUAUGGCACAUACAACUAACAAUGGGGAAAACAGGUUGCUUGUUUGAAAAGUGUGCUUAGCAUUUGAAGUUGCCAUAUCAGUUUAUAAAUUUGAUGCUCUGCUAAUUACACUCUGUGGAAAGAAGUUAAUGGAGUUUGAGCCCUGCUUUGACACAUGUGAAAAAUAAUUUUGUAGAAAAACAAAAUUGUUUGUAGUCAAACAAUAGGGUAAAGUCCUUCUACUCUUAGUCUUUUAUUGAGGGACAGUAUUGACUGUUUGGAAGCCAGAAGAGUUUAUGCUGACAGGUCAGAAAUAAGAUGAACUUACAUGUUUAUUUUUCUUCCCUGUCCUGAUUAAUAGGUAUGUCUUCAAGUUUAUAUUACCACAGUAUUUACACAAACCUGUUUGCAUUGAGAAAUUAACCCCAAAGGGUUUUGAUAGGGAGUUAGACCUGCCGUACCAUUGUAACGAAAGUCUGCCUAUUCAUUGUAAAUAUUUAUCUGUCAGUUUUGACAGAUUGGGGCCAGCUUGACGUUUUAAGUCUUAAGCCAAGUAUGAAAACUUAAGGCUUAUUCAAUUUUUUAACCAUUUUAUUGAAAAUAUUUGAAAUCUGUUUU